CACCAGCAGCUACAGGUGCAAAUCUCAUCAGCCUGGAGCAGAACGCCCCAUCCUCGCGCUGCGAACACCGAGAGCCGGCGGCACAGCAAAGCGCCUGUCCCCGCGGUAACGCCACGGAGGCGAACCCUAGGCCCUUCCCCGGCGCCAGAGCACCCUGGCCGCGAACAGCCGACCGCGGCGCCCCGGUCCUGCAGGCAGCCUGCCUUCAGCCGGCCGGGCCGGGCGGCGCUGCGAGCCGCGGCCGCCAGGGGCCGCCGGCGGGGCGGAGCGGCAGUCCCGGUGCUCGCAGCACUGCGGAGGCGCCGGGCUCUGCGGCGGGGGCCGCCGCUCGCCGCGGGUGAGCUCCCGGCUGGGGCUGCCCGGCGGCACCGGGGGAGGGGGGAUGCGCGGCGGGGCGGCGGGGGCCGAGCUCCGCCGCCGGGGCCAGCAUCCCCCCCGGGGCGGCGGUGACCGGGACCGUUGCGCGAGCCACGGCGGCUGCAGCCGCCCACACCUGGCGGCGGCCCUGGGCACGGGAGCGGGCAGGAGCAGAGGGAUGACCUCUAAAGAUGCUUCAGGUGAAGCUAAUAGUAACUGGAGAUGACUUUGGCUAUUGUCCUCGGAGAAACCAAGGCAUCGUGGACUGUUUCCUGGCUGGUGCGGUAUCCAACGUGUCCCUUCUAGUCAACGGAAGUGCUGCAGCAGAUGCAGCCAAGCUGGCAAGGAGAUACAACAUCCCAAUAGGCCUGCACGCCAACCUCUCCGAGGGCUCUCCUGUAUGCGAGGUGCUCAAGACAAACUCUUCUCUGCUCAACCAAGAUGGAUUCUUCCAUGGGAAAAUGGGAUUCAGAACAGCUCUAUCAAAAGGUCUCUUGAAUAUGUCAGAGGUGAAGCAGGAGCUAAAGGCCCAGGUGGAGCUGUUCCAUGAGCUGACAGGUCACCUACCUCCUCACAUGGAUGGGCACCAGCACGUUCAUGUCCUCCCAGAGGUCAGGCAUGUAUUUGCAGAGGUGUUAGAGGAAUAUGGGAUUAAGUACACACGUGUCCCUAUAGAGCCAGGCCUUCAUAACUGUGACUGGAUUGCACCAUCCUUGAUGGACUUUUAUCUGGGAGUAGAAGAAGAUUCUUUUAACACAGUGGAUGUGUUUACAAGGCAUGGAAUAAGGUGGCCAGACAUUUACAUAGGUUUGAGUACUAUGGGCAAGAACAUGUCUGUCAGUAACAUCUGGAGCGCCAUCGACACUGCCAUUGUGGAAGUCACGUCCAAGGCACCCUCACCCACAGACCAAAUGGCACAGAGCAGGACAGUAACGAUUGAACUGAUGGUGCACCCAGGGUACCCAAGUGUCCCACCUGUGGGUGGCUGUGGGGAAGGACCAGAUGAUUUCUCACAGUCCUGGGAGCGCCUCCACGAACUCCAGACAUUAAUUAAGCCAGAGCUGCAAAGCCAUUAUAAAACCAGGAACAUUCAGCUCUGUUCAUUCAAAGAUCUGUAAGUAAACAAGCAUACAUACAUUUAUUCAUACUCUGACGAUAUGCAGUUGCUAAUGUCCUGAAAAGCCAGACCAGUUAUCAGUGUAAUACCUCCUGGUGCAGCUGACAGGAGCGGAAAUGGCAUUAGGAUGUUCAUGGAAGGGCAACAUCCUGUGAGCAGCUACAGGCAGUAUCCCAGAGCCCUGACUGGCAGUUUUUAGGCCACAGCAUCGGCUUGGAAUGUGACAAACCUCUUCUGCAUCACCCAGCCCCUCCCAGGGCUCCGUUCCCACCAAUGCGGUGGUGAGCAGCAUGAAGACAGGCUUUGCUGUGAGACCAAGCAGCGCACUAGCACCCCAACGGUUCUGGUCAUUUCUCUUUUUGGACUUAACUGCAAAAAAAAGGCAAGCUGCUGGGAAGCAAGUGCUGCUUUGGAGCAACCGCUCAGCGCAGGCUGCCCACAGGAGGCCUGGAAACCUUCAGCACUUGGUUUUCUUAAAGCACCUAGUCACGGUCCCUUCCCCUCCAUCAUGCCCGCCUGUCGAUACUGAGGGGCAUGUUACUUCAGAGCAUUUCUCUGGCCAGAGCAGUUGGAUCACGGGUUUAGCCUGGUGGCGUCUGGAGCCACAUUCCACGUACAGCCUCAGCCAGCAGUAAUUAUGGCUCUUCCUUUUUACAUUGCCUCUUGGCAUUAAGCCACCAUAGGAAAGUAACAUCAGCCACAGCCCUUUCAGAGAGGCUUUUUUUUUUUUUUUUGGAUGACUUUGCAAGAACAGCAACUGUUGCCCCAUCUGCUAUUUCAGUGACUGCUGCAUAGGAGAGCUCACCAGCAACUGUUCCUGCACUGCCCACUGCCUCUCACAAAGGAUGUGUGGGAUGGCUGUGUACCAACUAUGAGCAAGUUUUCAAGUGCAGAAGGUCGUUGUACUUGUCCAUUUUCACUCCUGUCAUCAAAGCAUUUGAACUUCAACAAACCCCAGCAAUACUGACAUGUUUAACUGCGUUCUUAACUGUAGCCCUGUCACUCACAUGUAACUUUCAUGGGAAAAAAUAUUUUACAUUGUUUAUGCUCAUUUUCUGCACAAAAGUGAUCUAUUUAACAUAAUCAUUUUUGUUAACUUUUUUAAUAUUAAAAAUUUCUGUGUGAUCAUCAUUCUUUUAAGUGAGAAAUAAACUCAGGCCUUUUUCUACUGUAAUGCUUCCGGAGGCUUUUGGUUUUAGUUAUAGCUGGAGAGCAAACUAAACCCACUCGCCUGUCUGUGACUGCCUGCAGCAUCUCUCUCUGUCACCAACAGGAACAGUUUCACCUCCCUAUAAAACAUCUGAGGAAGUUUUUGUUCUGUACAAAUAUGAACACCACCAUCGAGGAUGCUUUAUAAAAUAGCUUCCCAGGUUCUUUCCUAAAUUAUUGUCCCAGAAUUAAUUUGAUAUAUGAAAAGUUUGUUUUUAAAAAAGCCCAUCUACUGUAGUGUGCAAGUGCUACACCAAACGGCUGAGUCAGAGGACAGCAGCAGUUACCUUUUGGAAUGACUCGCUUUCUGAAGCUCGUCCCAUCGGUGUGUGACAGCAAAGCUCCUGCUGUGCAGUAAGACAGAAUAAAACCUGAAAUACGAGAUCUGCAGGAAUCAGCUGGAAUGCCAGAGCACAGUUAGACCUGUGAGUGCCACCUAGUGACUGAUAUUUUACUCACGUGCACGGAUAAGCCUGACAGCAACCCCGGUUAUUUAAAACCAGAUCUCAGCUUUUUUAUGUAAUGUGACCGCAUUUUGAUGGAUAUUUCUUCACUUUAUUUUUAACAUUUAAACUGCUCCAUAUUCUAAUCAAUGAAUUCUCUUUAUCUCAAUCCUCAGGACAUUACACACCUGUUGACUAGUGUAUGCAUUUUCUGCUAGCUCAACACUGUAAAUACGAUGCAUUUAAAAACCUCAGUUUUUAAAUGAACAGCGUUAAGCCCCAAAUCUUCUUUUAAAUUCAAGGGAAUUUUAAAUGAAGAAAUGAAUAAAGAACUAUUAGAAGACUUCUAAAUAAGGAACUUUUCAAUUGUGUAAAACUACAGAGAUAAGGAAGUUUCUCAGUGGUCCUGUGAAAGCUGUAAAGACAACACCGAGUUAAAAUUAAAAAACCAUUCAGACCACUACCUAUGAAUAUCAUUGUACCAGGAUGCUUAAAAAAAAAAGUCUAACCCCCAAAUCUCUCUGAAAAUAAAACCAUGCCACAAAGCCUUUGAGAGCAAUUUUUA